AUGUCCACGGCCAACGCCCGGUCGGGAGUGCGCCUGGCCAUCGACGUCGGACCUCCUCGACCGGCGCUUCGCCUCCCACCAACGAUCGCGACACCAGGGCAAACCCCUUCCCCGAGGGCCACCGGCGCGAGGCCCUUCCUUCCGGUGGCUGGUGGCGGCAUGCCUCUCUCGGUGCCCUUGGAACUGCAGCUAAUCAACGAAGCCGGCGCCGCCCACGGCGUCAUCUCUCGGGACCUGGAAAUGGUCAUCUCGCGACACUUUAUCGAGCGAUACUACGGCUUGCUUCUGCUUCCUAAUGGGCACCCUGGGUUUUACAACGGGUGGAUUACCGAGAUUCAGGAGCUCAUGACGCGUCACAAGAGCCUUUAUUAUUCACUACUCGCCAAUGCGGCGUCGCAUAUCCACUUUAUCGACACGUCGUCCACCAUGCAGGAACUCGCCCUCACGUAUUACUCCCACUCCCUUAAGGAUCUAUCACGCCUGCUCGCCACGUCUGCGCAUGAGCUACAAAACCAUAAUGGCAUCUUGAUGUCGGUUAUGCUACUAUACCUCCAUGGGUGCAUGGGCAGGGGCACGUACACAGAUAUUCCACGACACGUCAACGCCGCCACGCGGAUCCUCACCAUGCGUCUUCUCGACGGCGAGCUAAAGAUCGAGCGUCUCUUUGACAGACUCGCCAUCGAGAGCCUGCUCUACCAGAUAUUCCUGACCACGACGGGCCUCUGGCUCGACCCCAUCGGCCUCGACUACGAGUUCAACGCCGAAUUCUGGUACCGCGCCGAGGACCUGCUCGAGCGAUCCAACUUCUUCCCCGACCAGCCCCGCAGCGUCAACAGCCCCGUGCUAGGCGUGCCCGUGUCGCUCUUUCGGCUCACGCUCUCCCUCAAGCAGCAGCUCCAAAAUCCCUUUCAGCGCGACCAGGACACCAUUGACCAGCUCCGCGGCGAGGUGGAGAUGUGGGAAGCGGCCCUCUUGUGCAACCGCGAGCCCACCGCCGACCUUUUCCCCGGCGACGAGGUCAAGAACCGCCAGCAGGGCUACUACAACGACGUGCUCUACCUCUUCGCCGUCAUCGCCUCCGUCAUGUUUGAGCAACUCUGCCUCGAGGUGGACGCGGGAACGACGGUCGCGGACGGCCUGCCCAUGGCCAUGCCAACCGACUGCUGGCAGGUGGCCAAGGCGGUCGAGAUCCUCGAGUCGCGUCGCGACGAUAGCGGAUGGGCGGGCUGCUACAUGGGCAACUGGCCCACGUACACCUUGGGCUUCUUCAUGACCUCCCGGAGCACAUCGACCUCGUCCGCUCCGAAAUGCAGCGGCGCUGGGAUUUGUGCGGCGCAUCGGGCAGGCCACGUUUCCGGUAGACCAUUACUUCAGGAUCCCUCGUGCCCCGAGGCGUUCCAGCUGCUCAGAGGAUGGCUUGCGAGCUGCGUCUCCGGACAUCCAGCCUGCAGCACAUCGUUUGUCGCGUCGCAAACCUCCCUCGCGAAAAGUAUACCUCAGCUUCCGACAAGGGUGCUGGACGUCGGCCCGCCCGAUGGAUCCCAGGAGCCGCGAGUCAAGAUCGCCGGCGGUGAGCGUGCCGCGUACGCUGCACUCAGCCAUUGUUGGGGAAAGCACCAAAUAAUCACGACGCGGACGACGAAUAUACAACAGCAUUGCCAGUCGCUGCCAUAUACCCCUGACGAUGGCGCCGCCCCCGACGAUGUGGUAUACGCUAGUCUCUUCCCAGACGCUGACGUUAGUGACCUCGACGGUUCGCCGUUGGGGCAAAGAGCCUGGAUUACCCAAGAAUGGAUGCUGUCGCCAAGAACGGUGCAUUAUACCGAGGCUCGCCUAGUUUGGGCGUGUCGCACCAUUCUCGAGGGUGAGGACGGUGAAGUCUUGGCCCCGAUGAACGAGCAGAGACUGCUAGAAAGCGUCAAGAGUUUCAGGGCUUAUGUCGAGGCAAAGCCUUCUGGAGAACGGGCGCUCUCCGACCGGGAUGAAACGAUUGGAUUCUUUGCGGACUGGAGUGAGAUGGUCUCUACGUAUACUUCGCGUCAGCUUACCUACGAGAGCGACAAGCCAAUGGCAGUAUUGGGCCUGGCCAAGGAGAUUAGCCAGGGGAUAAGCACCGAGUACAUUGCAGGCUUCUUCUACGAAAGGGGCCAGGACAACUCAUUGAUACAAACCCCGUCGGGCAAGCCCGACGCAUCCACUGCCGGCGGCUCUUUCCGCUCGGUCCUGGAUCGCUCGUUGACCCCCGCGGAUAGAAGAUCACUGGAUGGCUAUACAGCUCUCUUGGUUCAGUAA